AUGCCAGGAGAGAACCAUGCACAACACACCACACAACACACCUCACCACACAACACAACACACCACACACCACACCACACAACACACCACACCACACACCACACCACACACCACACCACACAACACACCACACAACACACCUCACCACACACCACACAACACACCACACAACACACCACACAACACACCUCACCACACAACACACCACACAACACACCUCACCACACAACACACCACACACCACACCACACCACACACCACACCACACACCACACCACACAACACACCACACAACACAACACACCACACAACACGCCACACAAUACACCACACAACACACCACACAACACACCUCACCACACCUCACCACACAACACAACACACCACACAACACACCACACACCACACCACACAACACACCACACAACACACCUCACCACACCUCACCACACAACACACCACACAACACACCUCACCACACAACACACCACACACCACACCACACAACACACCACACACCACACCACACACCACACCACACCACACACCACACAACACACCACACAACACAACACACCACACAACACGCCACACAACACACCACACAACACACCACACAACACACCUCACCACACCUCACCACACAACACACACCACACAACACACCACACAACACACCACACAACACACCACACAACACACCUCACCACACCUCACCACACAACACACCACACCACACACCACACCACACAACACACCACACAACACACCUCACCACACCUCACCACACCACACAACACACAACACACACCACACACACCACACAACACACCACACAACACAACACACCACACAACACAACACACCACACCACACACCACACCACACACCACACAACACACCACACAACACACCACACACCACACAACACACCACACAACACAACACAACACACAACACGCCACACCACACCACACAACACACCACACCGCACCACACACCACACCACACAACACACAACACACCACACACAACACAACACACCACACAACACACCACACCACACAACACACCACACAACACACCACACCACACAACACACAACACACCACACCACACCACACCUCACCACACGACACCACACCACACCACACCUCACCUCGCUGCCCACACACGGCGCAGGCUGCCCACCUCCUGGAGAGCACACUUCAGCUGAAACAGUAAAGCCUGAUGGGUGCAAAUGGAACCUGGAUGUGUGCACGUGUGUCCCAGGCAGGGACGGCACAGGAGGGUGCAUGGGAUGUGGGGGAGCUGAGCAAGGGCCGCUGGCUUAGAAAUGUCUUUGGAAUGGUAUGUAACUAAUGCUGCUGGCGGACAUCCUAAAACCAGAUGCAUCCUCAGAGGAUGAGUCUACUAAUUAUUGCCUUUUUUGUUGUAUUAAAAACCUGCAUAAAAUACCUCAUUUCAAAUCAAAUCUUACAAAUUUAGAAGAGAUACAUAUUUUCCGAAAACAGUGGAAGGCCUUUGUUCCUUCCCGGGUUUGUCCUGAGCCUGCACUGUCCUCGCCUGCAGCCUCAGAGGGGCAGGCAUCCCCGCACAGACUUGACUGGCAGGGCGGUCACCGGACCUGCGGGCUGGCUCCGAGUGGCAACCCAUGCCUUCUGCAGGGUAUGAGUUGACACUCGACAGGUUGAAACCAGUGCCUCUAUGGACGGCUGCCGUGGCCCCUUCAGACAAUGGGCAGUGCCCACCCCGCCCACUGGCAUCUGUGCGUGAGGGCUAAGCCGCCCUGCCACACAUCCCGCCCCCUCCCGGAGGCAGCUUCAGGACAGGACACCGGGCUGGCUGCUUUUUUUAGCCUGCCUCUGGCCCAGGCCCAGUCCUCGGUGUCAGGGAGCCCCCAGGCCACAGGUGGAGGGUGAUAAAAUAUGUUCUCUGACAGGACCCAGCCAGCCACAUAGGUGGAGGUUUUCCAUGUCCAAAUGAGGUCAAGAUGCCGAGAUCCCAGAUCUGACUUCACACUUCCCUUUUCUAGAACCUUCUGUAAAAGUUGGUGGCAGCAGAGGCAGCCCCAGGCCGGGCUGCACCUCUCUGUGUCUGUUGUGCCUUGCCCGGCGCCUCACGGAUGGCAAAGCUCUCCUCACCCACGGGACUGUGGUGCAAUUAAACCCGCGUCUAGGUGAUGCUUUUAAACUUGUAGCUUCGUGCUUUGUACAGUUUUCUUUCUGGUUUUAAUUUUUAGUUGUGCUUUGAGUCAGUGCAAUAAACUAGACUUUUUCCAAA